ACUGCACGAGACGACUUGACUUCGGCUCUAUUCGUCAUUUGUCGUGAACGGUCAAGGAUGGAGGAAGAGGCACGCAAGCUUCACGAAGAAGGAAUCAGAAAGAAGCUGAUAAGUCCCGGUAAAGGAGAACUUUCGAGCUUCCCCAAUGGAACUAAGGUGAUCUUUCAUUAUCGUACCAGCAAGAGUGAUGGCACAGUGUUGGAUGACUCCAGGACGAUGGGGGGCCACAGCAAACCCAUGGAGCUCAUCCUGGGCAAGAAGUUCAAACUGGCUGUGUGGGAGCGAGUAGUCAUCACCAUGAGACCAGGCGAAGUCGCUGAAUUUACCUGUGACACUAAGCAUACUAUGCUGUAUCCGCUCGUAUCCCAGUCGCUGAGAAAUAUAAGUGCUGGUAAGGACCCUCUGGAGGGCCAGAGGCACUGCUGUGGAAUCGCUCAGAUACAUUCCCACCAUUCUUUGGGGCACAAAGAUCUGGAUGAGCUGCAGGCUAGUCCACAACCACUUAUCUUUACUAUUGAACUGCUGGAGGUCCUACCUCCAGGAUCAUACCAGCUGGAUAUCUGGGCUAUGACUGACAAGGAGAAGCUGGACCUUGUGCCUCAGAUUCACGAGGAGGGCAACUUGCUUUAUAAACAAGGAAAAAUCAAAGAGGCCACAGAAAAGUAUUAUAAUGGAAUCGCCUGCCUUAAAAAUUUACAAAUGAAGGAACAUCCUGGAGAUGAGGCUUGGGUGAACCUGGACCAAAUGAUCACUCCACUGCUCCUCAAUUACUGCCAGUGCCUGCUCCUCCAGAACCAGUACUAUGAAGUGAUUGAACACUGCUCCUCCUUGAUCUUCAAAUACGAGAGCAACGUAAAGGCUUACUACAAGCGGGCCAAAGCUCACGCCGCAGUGUGGAACAAGGCCGAGGCUCGAGCGGACUUCGACAAGGUGCUGCAGCUGGACCCUUCCCUGGGACCGUCUGUGACCAAGGAGCUGAGGGUGCUGGAGGAACGAAUCCGCUCCAAAGAGAAGGAGGAGAAGGGCCGAUACAAGGGCCUGUUUGACUUCAACACACAACCAGCCACUGCCACUACAGGCUGAAUGUUUGUGAACGAACUGGACAAAGUUGCCAAUGAAUUUCAAGAUGGAGGGAGAAUUACAAGACACGCCAGAUAUUUAGCUUUUUUUAAUCGUUGUCCCAUUACCUUCAGACACAACUUUUGUUCUCAUCCGAGUCUGUCGAUCCACCAAAAAAAGCCCAACAGGAUCAGUUUGAAACUGCAUCUUAGACCCACCAUACCUACAGUACCAUCAGAUUAAACAUAAUCUCUUGAGAUUAUCAUCGCUAAUGUAGUUAUAAUGAAAGUGGAAUAUAAUUCAGCACUUCUUAUAAGCCAUGUUUUCUUUUCUCAUGUACUCACUUGCACACCUUUAACCUGAUCACUGACAAUCAUUAAAUUGAACUAGCUUUUGUUUAUUAUAUUCUCUACAGCUAAAUACUUAAUGGUUGUAUAAAUAUAAGUUGUAUCUGUUUUUGUCAAGACGUUUUGAGCAGAAAGCCCCAGCACUUUUUAAACAACUGCAUGUGUAGCAGUGGGUUGUUAGCUUAUCAGAAGUAAAACUCCUACUGUGGCUGUUAAUGUUACAAAAAAAAUAAAUGUGUUAAUCCCAAAA